GGUGCUUCUGCUUCUUUGUUUCGAGCUUUCAUUACAAGUGAGUGUCAUUCCUUUAUCACCCAUGAUUUUAAAGAAAGGGUUUUCUCCAUUUUACAAUUCUUUGAUUGUUAUCAUCUCUCCAAACACAGGACUCCAUUGCAAAGAUGAGUAUCCAAUACCAUGCUUCGACUGGUACAAACAUGGAGAUUGAAGAAAGUAAAAUUGGCUAUAAGCAGUUUCUCGGGGUUGGCACCAGCCGCCGCUAUUCAGAGUUUGUGUUGAGGAACAGUUCCUACAGGGUUGCCACAGUUUGCCUCGGGCUCCUCUGUGUUCUCAUGCUGGCCGGUAUCAUAGGUCAGAGCAUCCACUAUCAAAAAGUCGAAAAAGAAAACCAAGACAAUGUAAAAGUCAUCGACAAAGAGAAAGAGUACUUGAAGGACAGCCUGAAGUCAGUGCAAAAAGAGAAAGAGGAUAUUGAAGCCAAACAUAUUCAGUUACAGAGAGAUAACAAUGUUUUAUCUCAAAAGAGAGACCAAAUACAGACAAACAACAAUUUGCUGAGCGAAGAAACAAACAAACUAAAGCUCAGCCAAAGCCAGUUAGAGACCAAUAACAAGGCUUUGAACAAAAACAUUGAACAGCUGAGAGCCAGUAAAAGCCGAUUGGAUACCAAUUACAAUGUCUUGUCUGCAGCCAAAGAGCUGUUACAAAUACAAUAUGACACAGUGGUCAAACGUAAAGAUGAGUUACAGGGCAGUCAUGACUCAGUGACCAGGGAAAGGGAUAAUUUACAUAACAAAUUCAAUAAUGUCACCAGAUCUAAAGAGAAACUGCAGAUGAGUUACAAUGACUUGAUUAAAGACAUAGAACAUUUACAGGAGAGAUACAACGCAUCUACUGGUGAAAAGGACACACUAGCAAACACUCACCAAAACCUAACGACAGAAAUAAAAACUCUUCAGGAAAAUUUCAACUCUCUUAAAAAAGCAGCAGACAUAUUGCGGGCUAAUUACGCGUCGUUGGUUCAGGAAAAAAAAGAGCUUGAAAGCAGCUUAAAUAAUGUGACUGCAGAGGGAGCACGGCUGAUGGUGAAUAUCAGCAACCUGACUGCCGAGAGAGAUACUCUCAAGGGCCUAGUUGACAAAAUGAACAAGACAAUGCAAGAUAGGAAGUGUGUCAAUGGCUGGCAGAAGUUCGAGAACAGCUGCUAUUACACCUCUAAUGGCAAGAAAACCUGGCAGAAAAGCAGAGAAUACUGUCAAGACAAAGGAGCAGACCUGGCAAUCAUCACAAGCCAAAAUGAAAUGAACUUCAUCAAUGGCUUGUUUGGAAAUGACAGAGAAGUCUGGAUUGGAUUGGCUGAUGAAGGAGUAGAGGGCGUGUGGAAAUGGGUGGACGGUACACCACUGACCUUAGCGUUCUGGGGUGCAGGCCAGCCUAACAGCCAUAAAGGGACGGACCAGGACUGUGUGGAGUUCUGGCACCGUGCGCCAGGGAAAGGCGAAUGGAAUGACGAGAACUGUAGUUUAGAACAAAACUGGAUCUGUGAAACAUAGUGCUUUUCCUGUAUGGGCAGUGCCUUGGUUACUGUUGGCUACGUGCCUGACAGUAAUAACUAUAAUCUUGAUAAUCACUGUGUUUAAUAUAGAGAGAAUAAGUUGUUUACACAGCAUUGUUUGAAUUAGACUGCUGUCUUAAUCAGGUUAAUGUUCGAAUAUUGAUGCCCAUGUAAACAAAGUCAGUGUUUGCUUAGAAAUCUAUAUCGUGUGACCAUCUUACACAAAGGUAAACAGCAUUACUCACAGCUAAACCUUGAAAUGGAGUGAUGCGAAGUGAGUAAUGUAUUAUUAAGUAUGAUAUAGCAGCAGACCCAGCUGAUCAAAGUGGAGCAGACAGGUUGACUUAACUUGUUUGGAACAGCUUGGUUAAAGUGGGACUGAGGUUUCCACAGAUAUCUGUACACACUGUGGAAACUGUUUCAUGGUAAUGAAGGGUAACAAGUAAUUUAUAUCUGUGAUGAUUCCAUAUUUACUAAAAUAAUUCAAUGCAUAAUGAUUCCUAUAUAGUUUACAAUUAUCCAUCAUGAUUUGAUUGACAUACUGCACUUAUUGUAAUCACCGGACUCUAUGAAUAAUGAAUGCAUUUCCCAUGUGCUGUACUCUUAAAGUGUUACUUUACUGAUGUUGGCUAUUUGUUCUCAGUUGUUGUUGUUGCUUCUUGUGUGACCACUAGCACAAACUGCACAUGUGGAUAACACAGAUUCAGGGACAACAGCCUUAGUCAUAAAUGUAGACUAUACUCUAUUACUACAGCAUCAUUUAUAUCUAAUGAAUUGGUGCUUUUACUAUUGAGUGUACAUGUUAAAAAAAGUGCUGUGCUUUCAAUGCCUUUUAAAAAACAUUCUGCAUUCUAAAUAAACACAUUUUUUAUUUUCAA